CAACAAUGAAUCCAGAAAUCAAUAUUACACUUGAUCAACCAGCAACAUUAACUCUUAUCUAUGUACCAGUUGAUAGACCAAAUCAACCAAGCAAUGUUAAUGAAUUCACUGUUCAAUUUUUUUAUCCAAAUAAUACUAAUUCAAUACUAUUUACUUCUAUAAUUCCAUCGAUCCCUGAAACAACUACUACAACAACAACAGGAAUACCAUCACCAUCUGGUAUACCAUUAGAGACAACAACAACAACACCAAGUCGUCUAGUUCCUCCAUCAAAUAUUUCACCUCAAGUUGAUUUAACACCAAAUUUCCGAGUUCCAGAAAACACAAUAAUUGUGAUCAAGAUCAUUUUGACCGAAGAUCAAUCGAGUCCAAAAAAACG